AUUUUCUGUUGACGUGGAUCCUGUUGCGAGAACCACUACCCCACAGAGCUCUCCUGCGACAUCGUCCCCACCUGGAACAACGCUCCCUUCGCGUCUAAGCAGAGAGAAGAGGAGGAGGAGGAUUGAUGAGAGCAUCAGUCGUCGUCUGUAUGUUCCAGGGUGCGGCGGCUCGCGGCUCUCUACCUCGCCACUACUCACACAUGUGCUAACCUCAGCCAUGAGAACUGCUCUAAACCGCACCAACGCUGUCUUCCGUAGAUAGUUGAUUUCUAUUUAUUACAAGUGUGCGCAGAGGAGAGAAUGAGUGUAUCUAAGAACGGGAGGAAUCCCCUAGCGGGAGUGAGGCUGGAACACCUGGUGGCUGGGGUGGCGGGCGGCGUCGCCUCCACUCUCAUACUUCAUCCUCUAGAUCUACUCAAGAUCAGGUUUGCCGUGAGUGAUGGAACAACGUCUGCUAAGCCUCACUACACAGGGCUUACACAGGCCAUGUGUCAGAUCUUCAGGCAUGAGGGCAUCAGAGGGCUCUACCGUGGCGUAACGCCUAACGUUUGGGGUGCAGGCUCAGCUUGGGGACUCUACUUCCUUUUUUACAACACAAUAAAGUCCUGGUUUCAAAGUGGGAACAGCAAAGUUAAUAUUGGGCCAGGACUGCACAUGGUGGCAGCAGCAGAAGCUGGUGUCCUCACACUUGUCAUGACCAACCCCAUCUGGGUAGUUAAAACAAGGUUGUGCCUGCAGUAUUCAGAUGGAGCUACAGGAAAGGUGUUACAGGAGUCACAUAGGUACAAUGGCAUGGUGGACGCUUUCGUCAAGACCUACAAAUAUGAAGGCGUCAGAGGACUCUACAAGGGGUUUGUUCCUGGUAUAUUUGGAGUCUCACAUGGGGCACUCCAAUUUAUGGCCUAUGAAGAAAUGAAGACAAAGUACAACAAGUAUCGCAAUCUCCCUAUUGAUGCCAAGUUGACAACUGCUGAAUACUUGGCCUUCGCAUCACUUUCCAAACUGUUUGCAGCUGUUACAACCUAUCCUUACCAAGUGCUGCGGGCCCGUAUGCAGGAUCAGCAUGCUCAUUAUGACAACUUGCGUCAUUGUGUUCGUGAAACGUGGAGGCAACAUGGUGUCUUGGGAUAUUACAAAGGCCUUGUACCAAAUCUUGUGAGAGUUGUUCCUGCAACCGCCCUAACUUUUGUUGUCUACGAGAAAACCUCGAGUUUCCUGCUCAAGUUUCGAAAACCAGAUGAGCCUGACCAUGAAGUCAUCAAGCCUAGUUCAUGAUCUGUACCUGGAUAUUGUGAGUACACAGAACAGCUGAGUCGUGUAUAUCUUGCAAUUUACAUACGAUAGUAAUGCAGUAAAUAUACUGUAGUUUUGCUAACUUUAAGUUAUACUGUAUUACAGUACCAUGUAUAACAAAAAAUACAUAAUGUACUGUUGCAUUGAUAGGAGGUAGUGUUUCUUUAUAAUACAAGUUAUAACAAUAAUUACUCUAUUCAAAAGUAAAUUAUAGAAAAUUCAAAAUGCAGAAAAUAUUUGCAGCUUAUUCAACAUAGAGAAGUGUUUCCAUUAAAAAUAUAUUUUGAUGGAAGGAGGCAAUAUGUGUACAGUACUGCAUUGAUUAGUAAACAUUGUUACAUCAAGAACAGAACUAGUGUAGAAGUCAGUAGUUGAAGAUCAGGCAUCUUAAGUAUAUUUGUUUGGGACAUAUUUGAGGAUCAUACCAUGCCACCCAUUAUAAGGUUUGAAUUAAGGUUCUAAUACCACAUUGAAACAUUAUAGAUAUCUGCUAAGUGCUUUGUAUGCUGUAAACUUUAGUCAUUAAUGCAUCAGUUUACAGUUCCUUGUGAUAAAAUGUGUUUAUUUAUGGCAUAUAAUACAUAAAUACAUUUAUAAUUUGUAUUUAUGUUAUGAAUAUACAGUAAGCAAAUACAGUACUUAAUUUAACUGUUAUGUAGUAGCUAACUGUUAACAAUAAAUGCAACUCAUUGAAUACAAAUACAAUUUAUUUAAUGUAGUCAUUACCUCAGACUCUUAGUAUGUGUUGGCUUAAUGAAUUAGAUAACUAGAGGCACAAUACCUUGAUAAGUCUUAACAGGUUUUCUGCCCCCUGAUACUGAUGUACCAGUGUACAUAAUAAGUAAAGCCGUGUUCAGAGUAAACAUGCAAAAAUAUAUCGUUUUGCCAAGUUCAUUUAAUCAUCCAUGUUCUUUGUGCUAGUGUGUAGUUAAUUUGCCUCAUGUUGGGGAUGAGUCAGGGGCAUUGGGACGGAAGGUGGGUGGUAACGUUAUGAUAGUUAAGAAGGAUAUAUUGCAGGACUGGAUAUGGUUAACAAUUGGACCAUGACUUAGUAUGCUGAAGUACACAACUAGAGAGGGGUUUCUUGCAAAGUCAUGACAUGGCUGAGUAUAGACACUUGUUAUAUUUGAGCAUACUGUAAAUUUCUUCAAUUACAAAAAUGCUGUUAUAUUGCUCUGUAAUCUGAAUACUUUAUAUUAUGGUAUAUGAUUGAGUAUUGAAUCUGUAGGUUAGUAGUUGAUGGGGGUAUGCUGGUUCAAACCUCUGUGUUCAUGAUUGUGUGUUCUUUUAGAGGUGAUAUCCAGUCCUGCAGUAAUUACUAGUUCCAUCCCAUACUGUAUUGUAAUAAACGUAUGUCAUCAGUUUUAUGAUGUAAAACCUAUAUUGGUUAACUGUUUAAUAACCAGUUUUAUUUUCACAGUAUUGUUAGUCUUAGUAUAGUAGAGUACAGUAUGUAUAAAACUACACAAGUCACGAGCUGUCUGUUCCCGCCACGGGAACUAGGCAGUGGUCAAGAAGUAAAUAUUGUACUCUAUUGUUCAAUGCAAUUAAAUGCUACCUAAAAUUUUAUAAAUCAUUAUACUGUAAUUACCACAUAUUCAUUAUUUUUGUUCAACAAUUAAUCAUAUUAUUGUUCAGUAUUUGUAUGUUUUUUGUAUUAUCAUUAAUGAGUAAUGCAUGAGAUUAUGUGUUAAAAGAUUAGUGCAGAAUGGGAACAUUUUCAGCAAGAAAGUGUUAAUGAACUUCAUCCAAGAAAAUGUUAAUAUAUGCAAUGAAAGGUAAAAAUGUAUGAUAAUGAAUUACAAGAAGUUUUCCUAAUCUUAUUAGAGUGUGAAAAUGAGGGCCUGACUAUGUGAGGUGCAUGGCUGAGUUUAUCACCUAGUUAACAUUUCUUUUUGACAUUUUUCCACUUGAGGAACAUCUCAUAUUGGAGGUUUUGACAGUUUACUACAUGUUUAUGUUUAGUGAUGGCAUAAGAUGAAAACCUAAAUCAUAAUUAAAUACCAGCGAGGGUUGACUGAAGGAUGCGUGGUGAGUGUCAUAUCUUGAACACUUCAAAAAAUUCUGUUAAAGAACAAAUGCUUCUUAAAAUUGUGGGUUUCGAACAUUAAUGUUUAUAAAACACUGUAUAUAUUAUCCUUUUAAAUCUGUUCCUCAUAAUUUGUUGUUAUUUUUUGUAAAUCACCUUUAUGAAUAGACAUUUAAGUCAUUUCAUGUAAUUUGAGAUGAACUUAGAUUUCUUGAUUAUAUGAUCUCGUAAAAAUGAUGUACAGUAUAUGUUACCAUUACUGGUAGUUAGCAAGUAGUUGUGAACUUGGAAGCAUGUUGUGCUCUUUGUAUACUGUACACUACUUUGUAAACUGUAUUUAUUGUAUUUAUUGCUUUGUACUAACUUAUCACAGAGAGUGAGAUGUGAUAUUGAGAUUUAAGGUAUUAAAUGUACUCAAUAGGAGUAGGGGUGUCUAUACUGUAUAUGGGACACUAUAUACACAUCCCUCUAUUUAUCAUGCACAUUUAAUACCAUAAAUGUCGAUACAUUAUUAUCUCUUUCUAUAUUAUUGAAAAAAAUUGUAUGAUUUAUAUGCAUUUGAUGGAACUAAAUUAUGAGGCAUAUUUUAGAUAGUAUUAAGCUAUAGUGAGCUAAGAAGGAAGAUUACAAUUGAGUAUCUUAUUUGGAGGUAAAAUGAAAGGAACUUUUAAUUAUGCAUAUUUUCUUUGUGUUUCCAUGUUAUGUGCGGCUCAGAGGCAGUUAACCACUCACAACAAUGCUCUUAAUACUUGCUGACUAUCAAGCCAACUCAUGCCCAGUUGCUACUCUGGCAUUAUAUAUUUUUUUUAUUCCUCUCUACAUAGUGAUAUACUGUAUAGGGAUUUAUUCAUGCUUUUAUCAGGAAUAUUAUCCUUCAACUUUCAAUGGUAUUAUGUUCACUGGUAAUUUUCUCAUGGAUAUUAAUGAUUACUAAGUGUAGUACAGUAUAAUCUCUUUAGGACAUUCAGCAGUGCAAUCUAUAUAAUGUGUAGUGUAUUUAGGCACAAAUAACUAAAUUAUUAAUUUAGGAAUUAUCAUACAAUUUUAAGUUUGUAAUGUUCUCUUGCUUUCUGCAUUGCUUGCUUAUUGUUAUAAAAUGGAUUUUUAUUGAUAAUGAAGCAGCUUGACUUGUUUAUAUAUGUGAAAUGUUUGAGUUUAUGCAUUGAAUAGUAGAGUAGCAAUAGUUGAAGCAAAUUUUCUUCAAAAAAGUAUGUUCAAUUUGCAGAAUAAGUUCAGUGAAGGAUGUGUUAACGAGAUAGAAUGUUGUACUUAUUGGAAAAAUUGAUAAAUUUAAAAUUUAAUAUUGUGAAGGUAAAUGAAGUCAAAAGUACAUAUACAGGAAAAGCAAAUAUAAGUUUAAAGAGGAUAGAAUAUAAGUGAGAAAAUAAUGUCUACUUAGAAAUCUGUAGAAAUAAAAACACAUUUUAGUAUGUGAUAUUGUAUUGGAAAUCAUCAGUGAAUUCAUAUUAAGUGCUAAUACAUACGUUGCAUGUGUCUUGUAGUGUUGGCUGAUGUAAAAAAUACACACUAUAACAUGUUGAAAAAUGUAUCUGUAUAGUACCUUUCUUUUGAACAACAGUGACAGCAGGAAAGUAAAGGUUAUAUUAAAUGUACAUCAAAGAGAUUUUUGUUUAUUACACAGUAUUUACUUGAUUGUAAACAGAUAGGAAAAUCUUCACACAUUGCAUACUGCUUUCAGAACAUGAUGUUUGCUCUGCAUUUCUAUUUACGAUUACAACCUAUAUUUCAGCAGCUUGUUGAUUCAGUCUUUUUUUAGGAUCUAAGGUAAUAUUUUACAAGUCAUAUGCUCAAUUAUAUUAAGCUAAAGACAGUGCUUUGGAAGUUAUAUAGUCGUAGAAACAUAAAGGCAAACUAUUUAUUGGAUAUGCUGUAAUAAAUUGGUAUUGUAAAUAAUGGAAAUUAAAUUGCAGGAAAGUUUGUACCUAUUGAAUAUAGAAUUCUGGAUUUUUUUUUUUGUUUGCAUGUUAAAAUAUACAUACUGUCACUAUAGGUAAAAAAUAUAAUAUACCUGUAGCUUCCUCAUAGUAAUGUCUUAGUUUAAGAUACAGUGUAUAUUCAUUCUCACGUGUACAAAAUAUUAAACUUGAUUGAUUGAA